AACUGCGUCACUGUCGCAGCGCCGUUGACUUUGUGACUUUAAUUGGACACUUCUGCUCAAUUUCACGCAUUAACACAGACCCGACUGCAAUUUGCUGUACUAAUGGCGUGUCCUGUGAAUCACACCGCAGUGGAGCUGAACCCGGGCCUCCUGCCUCUCGACUGGCUGCUGGGUGCCUGGGAGUCCGAUGAACCCGGGGAGGGCUGCUUUCCCACCAUUAAACCCUUCCGCUACACAGAGACGCUGCACUUCAGCCAUGUGGGGCAGCCGGUCAUCAACUUCAUGUUCAAUGCGUUUCACGCAGAGUCCAAAAAGCCUCUGCACAGAGAGUGUGGUUUCAUUCGAAUGCAGCCAGGGACUAACAGAGUGGCGUUCAUCAUCGCACAGAACUCAGGUCUGGUAGAGAUUGAGGAGGGCGAGCUGACGGGGCAGCAGCUAAACCUGCACACCCAGUCUCUAGCCAGAGUCUCUUUCGCCAGGGAGCCUCAUGUACAGCAGAUUUCUAGAGUGUUUCAGCUACGACCUGAUGGGAAGCUGGAGCAGACAGUUUCCAUGGCAACAGACAACCAGCCACUGAUGCAGCACUUGCGCAUCACUUAUCGUCGGGCAUCUUGACCCAACAGGCAGGCAGGCUUCUUAUACAUAUAGAAACGCACUGAUCAAUAAUAAUAAUUAUAUAAACAAAUCUACAACUAUGCAGUGUUAUUUUAAUAAUGGUAUGUGGUUAAAAAAAAAAAGUUACAGUGUCAGAUACCUGUCAACUUUAAACCACAUGUAAAUAUAACUCAAACUAAACCAGGUCAGUCUUACAUGACAUUACACAGUCAUAUCACAGCAUUCUUCAGACACUUGGAGUCUAAGUCAAACAUUAAAUUAAAAAAUAAAGACUCAUGUUGCGCUUCCAUUAGAUUGUUGCACUUAAUGGACUCGGUUGAUUAAGGGUGCAUGAGCAAUGUUAGUAUUUAUUGUACUGAUAUUUAAACUGCAAAGCUCUUUAGUGCAGAGUUAAUGGAAAGAACAUACAGUGUCCUUAUUUGUCUAUUUGUCUUCCAUUGUGCUAUUAUAAGAUUAUUAUCUAAAGCAGCUGCUGCACCGGAGCCAAUGCACUGUCUGUCGAGUCACAGGGGAUUGUUAUUAUAUUGUAUAAAGGUUCAAGACAGAAGAUGUGUCCAUGUAAGGUCACUGUUGCCUCCAUAUGUUUAAGAUGUCUAAGUUUAGUUUAUUUCUUUCAGGGGACAGCUUCACUGAUAUACAUGUUGAUGUUUGUGUGUUAGACACAUUGAAAUAAAUUCUUUUGUUUUUGCUCAUUUGA